AUAAAAAUGCGGCAUCUGUGUGUUUUUUUCCUAACCAUUUUUCUUUGCUGCCUCUCAAUAAAGGCUCAGAGCUUAAAUUGCACCAGGAUUCGCGAGCAUUGUCGUCCUUGUACCCGCCGCUUAGUGGAUCCUGUUAACAACCUGGAAUUCAUUAAUAGUGAUUGUAGGGAAAAACUUAGAGGGCGUUGGAUUUGGCGGGAUGUAAGGCGUUGUGAUAUGCAAAUUGUUGCGUGCGAAAAUCACGAAACCCGACUGGAUUGCGAGAAUGUGGCUAGAAUAACUGGCAUGAGACGGAUUCGUUGA